AGGCACUUCUGUGAGCAGCUGUGUUUUCCCAGACUGGAGACCCUGCCUCUGGGCUUCAAGGCCAAGGUUCUUGGGACAGCUGUGGCCAGGGAAUGCAGGAGUACCGGAGAUGGUGCUUGAGCACUUCCUUGGCUGGACCCUUUGCGUGUCUCACCAGAUCGCCAUAACCAAGAAGGCCUGCACACUUCCGGGUACCCAUCACAAUGCAGCCAGAAGAGCAUCUUUUCCCACCGUGGCCCUGGGGGAGGCAAAGCUGCUCAAAUCGCUGGCGAUAUGUAGGCCAGGGCUCCAGGCUGGGACAGAAACUCCAGGACAAGGUCACCAUCUCCUGACUGAAGAUGACAAGGGCAAGAAGCCCUGGUUCUGUGUCUACAUCCGUGGCUAUGUAGUGAUCUCUGCUGAGAUCUACCACCUCUCUGAGCCGCAGCCUUGACGCUGGAUAUUGGGUCUCGGGCUACACAGUUCUGCAGUUCAGCUGUGAGAUCCCACAGGUGAGUGGAGAGACAAGAAGGUGUUCUCCCAAGGCUUGUCUGGAACCAAACCUCGGAAGGAAACCUUUCCCUGAGGAGAGACCAUAAACCCCUCAGAGGUUGUUCUCCGUUCCAGGCCUCAGUUUUUCUGCCUGCAAAAUGGACUAAUAAAUACCUACUUGGCAGGGUUGUUACAUGUGAUAAA